AUGGACAACGACGAUGACUACUUCUCCGACGACUUCGAUUCCCUACCUCCAAGUACCUUGUAUCAGCUAGAGCAGCACGCCUUCCAGGCCACGCAGGCGCCCGCGACACAGCAACAUGAUCAGCCGACCGUGAUUGAGCCCGUUCAAGCGGGCGCGUCUGCGCCCGCAUUCGCAACCUUGAAACCGCCGCCGCGUCUACACACAGGGUUGACAAAUGACUACAAUACACUGGAGGUGGGAGAAUUGGAGGCGGAGAUCCACGACAAUGCGGAUGGACAGUCAGUACUUUCGCAAGGCCAUCAUGCCCUGGCUGCGGACAAUGGAUGGCCCACCAAUGGCGGGCUGGGCGAUGUGAUGGAGGUGGAUGACGAGUACGGCCAGGCAAAUGCCUACGAGCUGAAUGCUCGCCUAGAACAGAUGGAACGAGAACGAGAGCAAAUGCGACGCGAGCUUGCCGAGGCCAAAAUGCUGGCAGAAACGAAAGCCGGAGAAAUCGCAAUUAUCCGGUCGAAACAGACAAGAAUGAUAGAGGAGUACGACCGACAAUUGGUGGCUUUACGAAAGUCCAUGACAGAUGAGGCCAGCAAACACAGGGAAGAAGUGGAGGCAGCAAUGUCAGAGGGGAAAAUGUUGGCGACAGAGAACAUCUUCCUCCAGCACGACCUGGCCGAGGAAGCCCAUCAGCUGCGCAACUAUAAAACCAAGCAUCGAGCUGAGGAGAAGGCUGCCCCUGUGACCCCUAGGAAGUCCCGAGUAUUACCGUUCCGUGAUGGAUUCGACGAUGACGAGAUUGCCGCCUUGUCGCCCACCAAGUCAGCGGCACGAUCGAAGAGAGCCACACCCACAGUACCCGGGAAACGGAAGCGACAAGCAAGUGUGGAUAGCCCGGUCCCACUACAAUUGAGUCCUGCAGGAGAAACGAUGAUAGUCGACGCACCUGGGGGUACUGCUGCGUCUUCCUUUGAAGCAGAGCACGAGUUAUCAGGGACGGAUAGCCGUGAUAAUCAAGUCAUGAAACGACUUCUCAAUCACCGCAUGUUCCCUGGCCAACAGACCGACCUCGAAGCAUUGACCAAAUUUGCCUUCCCUUCAGAGCCGCACCGGCCUCUGUCUAGCAUCGUCAUGGACGAGUUAGCCAAGCUCGACCUCGGCAGCUACGUGUUGGAAUACAUGUACAUUAUCGGACCUCUCUGGCAGCGUGCAUUAACGGAGCGGUUCUACGACCCGGUAUCUCGAUUCGCGUCUAUUACCAAAUACGUCUUCAUGAUGGAUGAUGUUCCUCUUUUGGACCUGAUUGCACCUUUGGCCGGUGUCCUUCAAGACUCGGUCGAGGUCAACGCGGUCCCUCGGUUCCGCUACUCACCAGCUGCACGAGAAAAAGCACGAGUGGUACGACAAACACCACAAGCCGAUCUCCAACCGGUCGAUUCUACCGAGGCUCUCGGCUUGCUUUACCAUAUGGCGUGUGGACUAUUGCAUGUCAAAGGCGCACUUGAGAGUCUCUGGAAACAUAUAAGGCAUACAUUCAUCCUAGUGAUGUUGCACGGCUCUCAGCCACUGAAGGACAUCAUGCUCAUUCUGCAGCUACUAUCAACCAGCAUUCGCCCGGAGUCAUUCGGCCCCAUCAUGUCCUCCGAGCAAGAGCAGACAGAUGUCCAACGGUACAUCGUCGACCGUCUCACGCACAUGUUGAGUGAAUCCGCACAGCCAGACGAGGGCAUGGAGCCUUACACCCCUUACGACAUCUGCGCCAUGCGGUUGGAUGUCUUACUAUUGCUGGAGUCGUUGUCAUUUAACCCCGCAGCCCCAGGUCAAGAGCAUGGCAGCAGCAUCAUCGCCGCCCAUCCCAACGCACUGCCCCGGCUGUUCCGGUCAAUGCACGACGAGCUAGACGCACUGUACUCGUUCCCGCCAGAGCGCGACUUGCGGGUAGCCUUGGUCAAUGGACUGAUGCGGCUGAUUUUCGGUGUGAUGCGGCGCCACGGGCGGUUCAUCAACAUGCAAGAGAAGCUUGCCUGCGUGCCAGGAACUAAGCAGAAGCACCUGGUGGUGCUGACCCGCCUAGCCUUCUGCGAUGGGGCUAUUCUCGAGGCCGGCAUUGAUGAUGAGACUAUUGAUAUGGCACAUGAGCUGCUAGAGGAGUGGACGAAUCCGCAGGAGGCGGAGUCGCUGGCUGAAGCGUUUCCGAGCUCGCGGCGAGAUUAG